AUGUCGUCGUCCGCGCAAGAUCGCCCUAAUCCGCCUUCCGGAGCUGGUUCGGGAUCCGGAGCCACGUCAGGCUCCGGUGCUUAUUCAGGAUCCCAGGGCAAAUCAUCCAGUCAAGCUGCGAUACACGGACAACAUCAGAAUGUUGGCAGUGCUUCAAGUGGGAGUGCCAGCGGCAGCAGCAAUGGAAGUUCCGGAUCCGGAGCGAAAAUCCCCAAAACACCAAAUCUGGGUGCAGCAGCCAGUGCAGCGGGAAAUGCGUCGCGUGGUGGCGGAGUCCCGUGGUUGGCACUGGCAGGCGCGGCCGCUGCGGCAGGAGCUGGAUACUUUUAUUACAAGAACUACUACUCCAAGACGACCGCGAAGCCUUUUGACGAUGGGAGAGUGAAAGGUGUCGAUAAAUUCGACACGAAGUAUGUUGAGGAGAAGUACAAGGAGCAUGGCCAUAAUCCUGAUCCUAAUAUCAUGGCGAAUGCUAAAGCACAGGAGAGUCGGCAGCGAAUUGAUACGAAGCAGAAUCCAAAUGAGGUACUGCGCGGAAAAUGA